AUGCAAGUCAUUCCCAAUUGAGUCGCGUAUAUUCCUAGUGCGCAUUUUAAGUGUGUUACGCAUCCCGCACAAAGUAAAAGCAGCUCCUAAUACUAUAAAUAUUCCACGACUUGGCGCGCAUUUGUAAAUUUUUUCACUUAUUUUGCUUCAAAUCAAAAUGGAAGAGGAUGGAGGAGAAAGGUCAAGCAUCGUGAUCGGCCUAAUAGAAAACAGAGCCAAAGAGGUGGGAAUGGCUGCUUUUGACUUGAGGUCAGCUUCAUUGCAUCUUUCUCAAUAUAUUGAAACAAGUAGCUCUUACCAGAAUACGAAGACCUUGUUGCAAUUUUAUGAUCCUAUGGUGGUCAUUGUUCCUCCAAAUAAAAUGGCACCUGAUGGAAUGGUUGGAGUUUCAGAAUUGGUUGAUCGAUUCUAUGCUUUAGUCAAGAAGGUUGUGAUGGCCCGUGGUUGCUUUGAUGACACCAAGGGUGCUGUACUAAUUAAAAGUUUAGCAGCCACGGAACCUUCAGCACUUGGUCUUGAUACUUACUAUAAGCAGUAUUAUCUCUGCCUGGCUGCUGCUGCAGCUACAAUGAAGUGGAUAGAAGCUGAGAAAGGGGUCAUUGUUACAAACCAUUCAUUAUUGGUUACCUUUAAUGGUUCAUUUGACCACAUGAAUAUUGAUGCAACUAGUGUCCAGAAUCUGGAAAUCAUUGAGCCACUUCAUUCUUCCCUUUGGGGCACAACCAACAAGAAAAGAAGUCUAUUCCAUAUGCUUAAGACGACAAAAACUGUAGGAGGGACUAGACUUCUACGUGCCAAUCUGUUGCAGCCUUUAAAAGAUAUUGAAACUAUCAAUACUCGUCUUGAUUGCUUGGAUGAACUGAUGAGCAAUGAGCAACUGUUCUUUGGACUCUCUCAGGUUCUGCGUAAGUUUCCGAAAGAGACUGAUAGAGUACUCUGCCAUUUCUGCUUUAAGCCAAAGAAAGUUACGAAUGAGGUUUUGGGUGAUAAUGCUAGAAAGAGUCAGGUGUUGAUAUCAAGUAUUAUUUUACUUAAAACUGCCCUAGAUGCGUUACCUUUACUCUCAAAGGUGCUUAAAGAUGCAAAAAGUUUUCUUCUUGCAAAUGUUUACAAGACUAUAUGUGAAAAUGAGAAAUAUGCUUCCAUCAGAAGAAGAAUUGGAGAGGUGAUAGAUGAAGAUGUGCUUCAUGCACGGGUUCCCUUUGUUGCCCGAACGCAGCAGUGUUUUGCUGUCAAGGCUGGGAUUGACGGACUUCUGGAUAUUGCACGGAGAACAUUUUGUGAUACCAGUGAAGGUAUACAUAAUCUUGCAAACAAGUAUCGUGAAGAAUUCAAGAUGCCAAACUUGAAACUUCCAUUUAAUAGUAGACAAGGCUUUUACUUUAGCAUUCCACAUAAGGACAUCCAGGGAAAGCUGCCAAGCAAGUUUAUUCAGGUCCUGAAACAUGGAAACAAUAUACAUUGCUCCACCUUAGAACUUGCUUCCCUGAAUGUCAGAAAUAGGUCUGCAGCUGAGGAAUGCUAUAUAAGAACAGAAGUUUGCCUUGAAGCUCUAUUAGAUGCUAUAAGGGAGGAUGCCUCUGCACUCACACUGCUUGCUGAGGUUUUAUGCCUGUUGGAUAUGCUUGUUAAUUCAUUUGCUCAUACAAUUUCAACUAAGCUCGUUGACCGUUAUACUAGACCAGAAUUCACUAGUAGUGGGCCAUUGGCAAUUGAUGCUGGAAGACACCCUAUCUUGGAAAGCAUACACAAUGACUUUGUUCCAAACAAUCUCUUUGUUUCAGAAGCAUCAAACAUGGUCAUUGUCAUGGGACCAAAUAUGAGUGGAAAGAGCACUUAUCUUCAACAAGUUUGUCUUAUUGUCAUUUUGGCUCAGAUCGGUUGUUAUGUUCCUGCUCGCUUCUUAACUAUAAGGAUAGUUGAUCGUAUAUUUACGAGGAUGGGUUCAGUUGAUAAUCUUGAAUCCAACUCCAGUACGUUUAUGACAGAGAUGAAAGAGACAGCUUUCAUUAUGCAGAAUGUCUCCCAAAGAAGCCUGAUCAUUAUGGAUGAACUUGGGAGAGCAACUUCUUCUUCUGAUGGAUUUUCCAUUGCCUGGAGCUGCUGUGAGCAUUUGUUAUCACUCAAAGCAAAAAGCUCUGCGGCACACAAAAUGUUAGGAGGUUUCUGUUUAAGAAGAGUUGUGUCAGCAAACACUUGCGACAGGGAUGUGCUUGAAUGUUUGACAUUCUUCAGGUAUACCAUAUUUGCUACUCAUAUGGAGAACCUAUCGGAACUAGCAACCAUCUAUCCGAAUGUCAAGCUUCUUCACUUAGAUGUCACUGUAAAAAACAACCGCUUAGACUUCAAGUUUCAACUCAAGGAUGGACCGAGACAUGUACCCCAUUAUGGCCUUCUAUUGGCUGAAGUGGCAGGCUUACCAAGCUCAGUGAUUGAAACAGCUAGAAGCAUCACAUCAAAGAUUAAGGAAAAGGAAAUAACACAAAUGGAAGUACACUGUCACCAAUACCGACAAUUACAGAUGAUAUAUCAUGUUGCUCAGCGGCUAAUAUGCUUGAAGUAUUCCAGCCAAGAUGAAGAUUCUAUUCGGCAAGCACUACAGAAUCUUAAAGAGAGCUACAUGGAUGGAAAGAUCUGAACGAGCCCAUAAGCCACUGACAACUAAUUACCAUAUUUUACAAAGCUAUAGCUACAUGAUGAAUGAUUGCAUCAUCGUAUUUCUUAUGCAUGUAUAAAAUAUGGGGGCAGUGACCGAGGUCGAACAGAAAAUUGACUGCUGAGAUUUAACUUUUUGAAAGUUUUUAAAAUAAUGCAGAUUGCGAUAAUGCUGAGCUAAACAACUUUUAAUUUCAA